AUGGAGCAAUUGCAGCUCGACAUCGAUCAUUUAAUCAGGCCAUUCUUCACCUUUCCGAUAUGGUCCUGGCUGUCAACUGACUUUUGGCACUCUGCCACAUUUUGGUCUGUUGUUUUUUGGCUUCUCUGGCUCCAUCGCUACCUUCGCCUCUUUGUUCACUGCGUCAGCCACUGGAUGUACAAAUCCAAACCCAUCGCAGCCAAGCCAACCUUUACUAACGAGGAUGUCACCGUUGUUAUUCCAACCAUUCAUAAUGUGUUUGAGGAUCUUCGCCCUUCGCUUCAGAGCAUUCUCGCUUGCAAGCCGGCUGAACUUAUCCUGGUGACUACCCACGACAAGAGAAAGGCUCUGGAUAAGCUGGUUGAGACACUGGGAUACCCUUGCAUUCGUGUCUUUGAUACCCCCAUUGCCAACAAGCGUCUGCAGGUGUGCGAGGCGCUACCCCACGUCAGGACGCCCAUUACCAUCAUGGCCGAUGACGAUGUCACCUGGCCGUCGACGCUCAUGCCCUGGAUCCUCGCACCUUUUGAGGAUCCCAAGAUGGGUGGUGUCGGCACUAACCAGCGCGUUCGCCGCGAAUGGGAUGCGCCCUUGUCUGAUCGCAUGUGGAACUGGCUCGGCGCCGCCUACAUUGAACGGCGCAACUUUGAGAUUUCGGCCACGCACAACAUGGAUGGCGGCACUUCUUGCAUGUCGGGUCGGACUGGCGCGUACCGUUCGGAGAUUCUGCAGAGCCACGACUUUCUGCACGGCUUUAAGAAUGAGAAAUGGCGAAAGUGGAUUCUCAACGCUGACGACGACAACUUUGUCACCCGAUGGCUCGUCAGCCACCAGUGGAAGACGUGGAUCCAGUAUGAGCGCGAAUGCGAGCUCGAAACGACGCUGGAAAACGGUCCCAAGUUUCUCUACCAGUGCACCCGCUGGGCGCGCAGCAACUGGCGCAGCAACUGGACCAGUCUCGUCCGUGAGAGGCACGUUUGGGUCCAGCAGCCAUGGUGCACUUACGCCCUGCACUUUGCAACCUUUACUUCCCUCGCCUUUGCCAUCGACCCGCUUUUGCUGGCCGCUUGCUGGUGGGCCACAGCUGAAUGGCAUCUUGGCAGUCGCCUCUAUGCCUUUUGGGCCCAGUUCAUCUUCAUGUUUGCCUUUACCAAGGUCGUCAAGCUCAUGGGCCUGUUCCGCCGCAACCCGGCCGACAUUGCCUACCUUCCCCUCUCCAUCGUCUUUGGCUACUUUCACGGUCUUAUUAAGCUCUAUGCACUCAUCACUCUUAACAUGACGUCGUGGGGAAGCAGAGCCGACGGUGACACCAACGACGAACAGCGUCUCGCCCCCGCACCGCGACCAGCUGUCGUUCUCACGACACCUCCGGGUACCGCCUCUCUCGUCCGAUACAAUGUACGUCACAAGGGACGAUCUGUACAGCAUCAGGACGAGCAGGACGCAACUUGGGAGAAGCGGGGGUGCGCAGCCUACGACUCUGGGACAUCCUAUAUCCCCAUUCGAAUCACCAGCACUAUUCCGGAUGGCUCAAUGGGCUAUCCCAGCGAGCCCAUGGUGUCUUCCUAUUGA